GACCUUCGCAUGCCGUGAAAUAGUGCGUUUUCUUCAAUUCGUGUGUGCGGUCAUGGAUUCGUCAGCUGCUACUCCUGGAGCCCCUGUAAUACCUUCUCUUCAGCAGGGUAUGAGCCCAACCAACGUGAUGAUUGAGGGCGAGACGAGAGGCCCAGACUAUGGUCGCACGGCUCUCCAGCCGCUGCGUAGCUCUCAGCAGGAGUUUGGUAUACAGGGUGCGGCAUCGAUGAACAAUGGGGUGGUUCCUACACCUGUUGAUGGUGAUGUGCUGGGAACUGCUACUUCCCCUCUGGUGCCUGGAGGUACAGCAUCUGUGACUGUGCAAGAUAUGGCUCCACGUCAGAUUCCUCAGGAUGGUGGAACAGUGGAAGCUUCGUCCUCGUGCGCGAGGACUGAAACCGGACCGGAGCCGCGACCAAACGUUUUUACCGGAACGGUGCGCGACGAUGCUCGGGCUGUCGAGCCUGGAAUAUUUCCUCAAUUUACGCCCUCUCCUUUACCUGGUCAGUCUCCGGUGGCAGCUCAAGGCGCAACAACGACCCGGGCUGCAGCAUGGCUUUCCCGGUUGGGAGAUUAUCUUCAGAAGACUGUGGAGGUGACGUCGUGGACAGCUCAUAGCCCAGCUGGCCUUGCAGCGACUUGGCCGAACAAUGGGGCGUCUUCCUCGGCUAUGCAGACCGUGUCGCCGACCUAUGCGAGUCAGCAGGCCCCGGCUAUUGAGCACAGGCCCCCGUCAUCAAGUGGAUCGGCGGGCGUAUCUCCUGAGUUGGUUCAGGCUGAGGUGGCCAGACAGCUUGAGGUGGUCAUGGGAGAUUUCAACCAACAACUGCGCAAGGAAAGGGAGAGGUCGGACGAGGCGUUGAAGGAAGCUCAAGAGCUACGAAGGAAGCUGGAAAUGCAAGAGAUGAGAGUUUCCACGGAACCCAAGCCUACAGAUGACCCUGCGGUCCCCACCGCCAACAUGAUGCAGUACCUGGAGGCAAUGAUUAUGUUCAAGGGCAAGGUUUGCUGGGUCAGGAGUUACCGCAAGUCAUCCCCCAUCUGGUCCCAUGAUUUCGUUACCUUUGCCAAAGGGGGUCAAAACAAGCAGGAGCCGCAGGUGGAUGGGUCGCGCAGCAGAGCAGCAGUUCAGGACAUUGGUAUAGAGGCUCUUUUACGACAACAAGAACAGAUGGGACCCCGAGCAGACAGACCUGAAACCGUAAAGCCUGGCAUCACGGAUCUUCCUCGCCUUCCCGAAUAUCAACCUAUGACUGGAAGCAUAGACCUCUUGAACUGGCUUACACACAUACAGCCGAUUAUGGAGGAUCUUUCGGAUACAAGCUAUGCCUGGUGGGAAGGGACACUUCAGGAUGCAGCAGCGUGGUAUACCAGUUACAGUGCUGCCUCCCCGCUUGAGCGACUUCGCCUGAAACCUCUUUCUUCCGAAGGACUUCAUCGUCCAGAGUGGGCACGUGUGGAACGGCGUGCCACGGCAAUGAUGCUUUCGGCGGUGCCACCUCAAGUACGUGAAGAAGUCAUUGCAAUGGGCAAUGUGAGCUCGCUGGCGCUGUUGUGUAAACUUUAUGCUGUGUACCAGCCAGGGAACCUUCAAGAAAAGGCUUUGGUCUUGCAAAGGCUGGAGCGACCUGAUGAAUGUGACACCGCCUUGCAGGCGGUAGAAGUUUUGAGAAAAUGGACAUUGUGGCGGCGCAGGGCGUCGUCCAUUGGCAUUGCGGAGCCGGACGCCUCGGUGUUGAUCCAGGGCCUCGACCGCAUCACCAUGAAGGUCGUGAAGGCCAACAGCGAGCUCAGUUUUCGGGUUUCGUUGAUACGGAGUACCCUGCAGGUGGAUGUGUGCCCGAGCCUUCAGUCGGUCACGAGCUUUCAUCAGCAUCUUCAGGCUGAGAUGGAGCAGCAGGCGAGACUUUCGGUCACUCAGAGUGUCGGAGGUUGUACCAUCCUCGGCUACGGCAUCACCAACGACGUCCCCGAAAGGUGCAAGAUCGAAGAAGUGUUUGGCUUGCGGCUCUACCACUCACAAAGUGAAGGAGUGCAGGCUCAGCGAAAGGUGGAGUUUGUUGAAAAUGAUGGGGAGAUCCGCGCGAAGGUGCUCAAGGUUCUGUCUGAAGUUCAGCAUCUUCCGAUGGUUAAGUCGUUGAUGGACAAGAUUCGAGAGUGGGUGAUCGUCCCUCUUGGCAAGGUCAUCAAGGACCUUGGAUACCAGUUGUUGUGGACUUCCGAGGUGUGUGAGCUUGUGGGUCCUGAAGGUGAUGUCUUGCCCCUCACGGUGAGGAAUGGAUGUCCAGAGGUCACUGAAAAGGUGGCUUACCAUUUGAUUCAGCAGUUGGAGGCUCAGCAGCUUCCAGAACUGGAGGGCACCACUGAGGCUUCCAUGUGUGCGAUUGCUGAGCUGAAGUCAAGCUGGUGGUCCUAUUUGAAGGAGUAUGUCAAGACAAACAAUGUGACCGAGGCCCACCGAGCGCUUGACAAGGCAACCUUCUUUGAUUAUAAAGAAGUCGUAAAGGAGGAGAUGAUUACAAGGGUCCCGCGUGAAGGGAUCUGGAGCUUGAUGAAGAACUUGCAAGUGAAUCGCAGGGCGCGAAAGAGGUUGUUGAGGGCCUCCUCGUGGAUCCUCAGGUGGGACUCCCCGGCGGUUGAAAAGGUCAAGGACCCAAUGAAGCACUUGAUGUUCUAUGGCGACAAGGUGUACGUCAACAUGAAUGCCUUGCUUGUGGAAAAUGAGUUCCCUGAGGUGUGGAGGGUUGUUCAGUGGGCGGCUUUCCAUGGAAGGGUUGGAGCUGUGGUGGCCAAGGAUGCAGCGGCUAAGCCCAUGGAUCAGGUUGUUGCCCGUCCUCACCGGAGCAAGGUUCAUUUCCUUCAUGCGUUGGCCUCGGCGGCACGAGAGGUACAUGGAGGAGAGUUGGUUCGUUUCUAUGUGGAAGAUUGGGAGAGGGUUCAGCGUGUUAGAAGAGGAGAUGAUGAUCCUUGGGCGUCCACCUGGCCGCCGUGGACCCUUUGCCCUUCGGCUCAGGCGUACAUAUGUGAAAUGGGACUGUCAGACGUUUCUGUGGGAGAUAUAGUCGUCCCAUGUGCUUUGAGGGCAGCCCGCUUGAGUGAGGACGCGUCGUGGAGGCUACAUGUUGCUCGAAACCACCAGCCCUUCAGGAGAGACUGCUCUGUGUGUGUGAGAAACAGUGCAGCGGGCCGCCAGCAUCGUACCACUGCACAUCCGAUGGCUUAUACGCUGAGUGUGGACGUGGUUGGGCCGUUGAAGGGGUUUGGAAAGUCACCCGACGGGAAGUUCUUUAAGUACUUUGUCAUUGGGGCUUUGAGGAUCCCGAGGAUUGGCGACAAAGAACCUCUAGGUGACGUUCGUGGACAUCCUCUACCACCUCUUGAACCCGAAGGUGAAGAUCAGCUUUCCGAGGACGAGGCAGCGGACUUUGGUGAGGUUGUGGAUGGUGGGGGUGUGGAUCCUUCAGAACUUGAACGUGAGGAACAACAAUGGAAGGAGUUGGUAUCUACGUUCAAGGAGCCCAUCCUCACCUCGACCCUGUACUUUGCGGUCCCUGUGAACAAUAAGAAGGCUGCGACUAUGCUGCCAGCAGUUCAGCGUAUCGUGGUGGAUGUGAAGGCCCUCGGCUACCCCGUGACCCGAAUUCAUUCGGAUCGAGGAGGAGAGUUUCGUGGAAACCUGGUGAGGAAAUGGGCUCUGUCGCAAGGUAUGUGGCCUACAACCACGUCUGGCUCGGAUUCUGCUGCCAAUGGGGUCGCAGAGUCGGGAGUACGAUAUCUCAAGCGCAGAGCACGCAUACUCUUGGACAGUGCGGGCCUACCCAAAGAAAAUUGGCCUACGGCGGUGCAGUAUGCGGCUGCCCAACAACGAAGCGACCAGCUUGGAACCGUGCCGAUGAUGCCAGUGGCCUAUGGUACCAAAGUUUACGUGAAGACAAAGCGCUACAAGACUGGGGCGGUGGAGGAUUUUGGCCCCCACUGGACAAGAGGGCGCUAUGCUGGCCCUUCUACGGACAUUCGUGGUGGGCACGUCAUCAUCAAGGACACGGGCACCUUCAUCCAGACGACCCAUGUCAGGAUAACCAAGGAGCCGCCUCCGUUAGAAGAGGUUGCCCCAGCCGUUGCGGUGGACUCUUAUGUGGAUGACGAAGGCCCACAUGAAGGACCACCCUUACCACCUCCUCUACUACCACCACCUCCCCGGCGCGUGCGCCUAAAGGCUCCUGCGGUGUCCAAGGUUGAUGGAGAUUAUCCUCAAAAUGAAGUGUUGUAUGAGACGCCUACUGAGGAGGACAUCUUUGAUGAGGAGGAGCCGGGCUUGAAGUAUUUGCGGGUUGGUGAAAUCCAAUACUUGGAGACGAUUGCUCGGCAGUUGUAUCAGGAGGACAAGUUUGAUGAGGGUGAUGUUGCUCGACUCCUGUCGCUAUUUGCGGGUACAUGUGGGAACUUGAGGGUUCCGAGAGCACCAAAAGGAAAGGGGCUGAUCAUCGGGGCCUACGUUCAUGGUGGGGCAUUUGGCCUUACUCGUUAUGGUCGUGAUCUACCUUGGGUGGCGCGUUAUUUCAAUGACUACCUGACUCGGAAGAUCCAAGGUAAAUGGCCAACCUUGAAGCCUUCGUGGACUACGCUUGCCAUUCAGGCCGCAAGUGAGGUGCCCAAGCACCGGGACAGCCGCAAUGAAAGAGGUACCUACAACUACGUGAUGGAGCUCAAGACGAACUCAUUGGAAGGGUUGUGGGUGGAAGAUCGUGAUGAUCGGCGACAAGUGAUUGGUGGCUCAGGUGCGCAAGAUUAUCAAUAUGAGGGCCAGGAUGGUAAAGUGUAUGAUGGUUGUCUGUUGGAUGUGAAGCAGGAACCGGCGGUGUUUGACCCGUUGAUCCCGCAUGCCUAUGUGAAGGGCGAGAAUGAGAAGUGGUUUUUAUCGGCCUACACUCCACAAGGUGCGUAUAAGUUGAGUGGGCACGAUUUGAAGUACUUGGAGGAUGUUGGAUUUCCUCUACAGCUUCCAUGUGAAGAUCAGGUCAAUCACAGCGGGGCACUGGAAACCACACCGGUGCUAAAGGCAACUUCCUUGUCAUCUAGGACGUCAUUGAGCGGAGCUCAUGGUGAGGAUGAUGGAGUUGAGGUAGUCACUGCUGGGGAUUGUGAAGCCACUUUGUGGGAUUGGGCAAUGUAUAUCGAGCAGGAACAUGGCCCUAUGGAUGGUGAUUCUGCUUGUGGGAAGUUAUUGUGCAAGGUGUGUGCCUCUGAUGAUCCUGGUGUUGAGCUGGGUGUGUUGACAAAAGUCCCCGGGCUCUUGAAUGAGGAGGAGCCGGGAGAUGCCAAUCUUUCCGAUAUGCACGAGAAUGUGGAGUAUUGGUCUUCCUUGGGCCUCUACGACUUCCCCCCGUGUUGCGAAGUUGGAGCGGUUAUUGAAAAAUGGAGACCAGCCAUUGUCAAGGAGCUUGGUGUGGUCGAGCGUGGCUUCAAGAGAAUUACCACGGCAGACGUAGCCCGUUUGAGGGCCACAACAACAGUGCAGGAGCUUCCUUCGAAGCUGGUGUAUACUGUUAAACCCCCAUCUGGGGAUGAUUCCGUUGAUGAGCGUGCCUAUUGCAGGCGCAAGGCCCGCAUUGUAUGCUGCGGUAACUAUGCUUCCGAAGAACAGUCGGAGUUGUAUGCGGGUGGAGCUGCGGCCGAGAGCUUGAGAUGCGCGUUGACGUACACAGCCAGGAGACGGUGGAGAUCAGGCAUCACCGACAUCACCGGGGCUUUCAUGCUGACGCCCCUUCCGACUGGGGAUGGCCAAAUCGUCUACAUUAUUCGGCCCCCUGCGGCUUUGGUGCAACUUGGCCUUGUUGACCCUCAAGAACGGUGGCAGCUGACCCAUGGAAUGUACGGCUUGAGACAGAGCCCCAAGCUAUGGUCAUCGUUCCGUGACAAUGAGUUGAAGAAGAUGGUUGUGAAACACCAAGGUAAGGUUUGGGUGUUGCAGCAGGGCACUGCAGAGCCAAAUAUGUGGUUGGUUCGUGAGCAGGGGGCACCUAUGGACCAAGAACCUGACGGUUUGGUGCUCGUCUAUGUCGACGAUAUCCUUAUCAGUGGACCUGCUUGGUUGGUGGAGCUGUUGGCUACUACAAUCCGAGGUGUAUGGAAGGCGUCACCGCUUGAGAUGUUGGAGGUGAACCAUGAGAUACGCUUCCUGGGCUGCGAGAUUGCAGUUUCGGAAGACUAUGACGCCAUCUACGUGCACCAGCGACCCUACAUUGAGGAGAUCUUGCGGCAGUACGCCACCCCCGAGACCGAGCAGUCGCCCAUCCAGGCGCCGAAGGAGCUGGUAUCUUUCGAGGCUCGCGAAGGAGAAGAAUGUGGGACGGAAGAGCAAAUCAGACAGGCUCAGAAGGCCUGUGGGGAAUUACUCUGGAUCGCCCAGAGAAGCCGCCCUGACCUCUCCUUCGUGGUUUGUGCUAUGGGUUCCCUACUGACGAGGGCAGCUCCUCGGUGUCUCAACAUAGCGGCUCGCCUGCGGUCCUACUUGCAGCGAACAAAGGGCCUGGCCCUUUCCCUACGACCUACCAACGACCAGCUGGUCGUUUACAGCGACAGCUCGUUUGCUCCGGAAGGAUCAAAAAGCCAUUCUGGCUUUGUGGCGGUGUGGCUGGGAGCUCCAGUUUGCUGGAGAUCAGCGAGGCAGCCGUUCACAUGCCUGUCAACGGCAGAAUGCGAGUUAUUGGCAGCUACAGAGGGGCUCGUGAUGGGCAAAAGCAUCGAGUCUGUGCUUGCUCAGUUGAUGCCGAAUGUGGGUGCGAUCCACCUGAAGGUGGACAAUCAAGCGGCUAUCAGCCUGGCUAAACCGUGCUCGUCGUCGUCGUGGCGUACACGUCAUCUCCGUGUACGUGCCUCAUACAUACACGAACAAGUGAUCGACGAGCGUGUGAUGGUUGUGUUUGUGGCUGGAAAACAACAACAAUGGGCAGACCUCCUGACAAAGUCCUUUCCACGUCAACGGUUGGAGGAGUUGAUCAAGAUAUGGGGCUUUGUCGAUACUGCAGUGGAGACAUCCAAGAUUGCGGUUGUUCGUGCCUUAGUUGCCUGUAUGAUGGUGCAAACGGCGCGGGCCCAGGAGGAGACCCCACUGGCGUUGACUAUGUCUUUCGAGCUCUAUGUGAUGGUGAUCUUGUUGGCGAUUGUGGCUGUGGCUUUGUGGGAGCUUUUAUGGUGGUGUGUUGAUCGCUGCUGUGGAGAAGUGAGCGCAAAUUGCGGAGCGCCGUCCUCCUACAUCCCCGUUGCCGAGGGCCCCCUCACCAAUGGCUACAAGUACGGCGUCUUCAUCGGCGAGACCAUCUACGAGGAGGGCACCGCGCCCCCCUUCUACAAGACCGAGUACCCUUACAGAGCCUGCGGAAAUUACUACCAGGCCUUCUACGCGUGA